AUGUCGCGUACUGAGACCGCUGUAGGAUGUCUUCUGUUUGCAUCACUUAUCACUGCGCUUGUUUCGUCUGACCCAGGACCGAAAUACCCCAUCACAGCCUCUUGGUUCAAGGAUCGCUUCACGCUGGAGGAAUGGAACAAGACCCUAACCACGUUCCAGACCUGGGGUGGCGACACGGUUUUCCUCAGAGCGCCACCUAUGAUAAAAAGAAGCAUACAGGAUCUUGCGCGAGAUCCCAACUUCGCCUGGUGCGGGAGUUUAAACAGCAGCACCGGGGUCGGUGGAACGAAAUGCUGGGAUGAGGCGGUGAACGAAUUGUCUGCCCUUGGGGUGAAAAUUGCGGCCUUCGCUACGUACCAGUAUGAAGAAAAUUUUGGUGACAGCUUCAUGGUCUGCCCCAAAUUCGAUCGAAAAUUAUCCAGCUCCAGGAUAUAUUAUCGUCUGGUUUUGCCGACAGUUAGUCAAAGCGACCCUUGCAACAUCACAUCUGGCUCCUCUGUGAUAGUCCUCUUCACGUCGUUUGCUGGAACUGAUCCUCACGAAUUACUCCUGACAGCUGCAGCUCAACACAACACGUCUGUCUUCUUUGGCGCUCCGGCACUGCCCGUUUCAGACGACAUUAACCUGCUGCUUCCAGCCUAUUACGAGCUGGCCAGGCGAGUCAUGGUUGACCACAAGACAAGGUAUUCGAAAAUGUUCACUGGCGAUAUGCAGCACUUUAUUACUUCCGAGACGAAGGACAAGAGACGCGUACGGAAGCCCAUCAAGUCUAAAUCUUUGUACGACUUUCUCGGUGGGUAUUAUUCAACCGACGAGUGUUUCCUCGGAUGGGUGACGUCUGCCACACUUUAUCCCAAACUGUACACAAGACUCGGUGCACUGGCUCAUAGUGUUGGUAAGCGAUUUGCCAUAUCACCGUACGUGGACACGAAUCGCAGCCAGGUCAAUUCAACGGUGAAGCAACACCUAGAUGGGUUUCAGAUCCUAGUUUCAACAAAAUCGAUCGACAUCAUUGCUGUACAGGAAGGCCGCGGGGCCGGGAAGGCCUGUUACUACUGGCCGACUCAGAUUGAUGAUCCAGUCAGUGAAGUAGAUCCUAAACUGGAUGAGGUCAUACGUUAUCUGGAUCCUAGUUUAAAAGCAAACGUAACUUUCCGACACGCUUUCACAGCAAGCAAUCAAGAGCUUUUUAGAGGUUUUGGCGGCAUCAUGGACAGUUCAAAGAAAAAGGGCCUAAUUUUCGAGUAUUGGUUAAAUAUCGAAGCUUUCGAAUACCUUAGAAGUGACCCGUGUUUACCAGUGGACGUCAAGGCAUCUGCGAUGAGCGAACUGCUCCAGAGAAGUACAAAGUUUCGAAUGGACAGAGGUUUACAAGCCGCGGGAUCAACAGCUAAGAAAGUGAUAUCUUUCGCUUGGGAUUCCGAUUUCGUCUGUACAACCAACCAACAUAAAUACAGCCUCGCUUCGGAGAUAAUUGACAACUACAAUCAGCCAAUCAUUUCAAACUGCUCAUUUCACAACAGUUUUAACUUGUCCGUGGUUAUCAUUGGAUACAGUCUGGUAGGAAUGUAUGACCAAUUUACGAUUGACUGGCCAAAGAAGGAUGGUACACGCAGACAGGAUGACGUGUAUGGUUACUAUUUUGAGAUGGACUGGGGAAUCCAGCACAACAGAGUUCCAAGUCUAGUCUACGUCAUGUUGUACGAUAUUCCCAAUAUGAACGUUGAUCUGGAGCCCAAGGGAUAUGUGAUGGUGACACUCAAGGAUGGAGGGCAUCCGUGUGUUUAUGUCUAUGAUUACUCAUAAUAACAAAUACAACUUGGUCUUUUAAUCGACCCUGAUCAGUUCUACAGUUCAUCAAAACAUCAACGUCUUUGUGGGUGGGUGGAGGGAUUGUUGUCUUUCCUUCUAAUUGUUUUAAAGCGAUUACAAACGUUUCUUACAUACCCGUUGGUCAGAACACCAUACGUUAUUUUUAAUAACACAUAGUUGUUUACACACGUACGUGUGUUAACAAUUUUAAGACAUACGAUUGGCUCUUCCUAGGUGAUGGCCAGGUCAUCAAUGCCAUACGUUCAAUAAAAAAAGCACGGUUAAAAUCGAUUAUGUAUGUGACGUAUAGUUAACCUGGCAACCAUGUGUAUGUGACG